GUGCAUUCUUCCGUUCAUUCUGUUGUUCGCCACGGGAGCUCCUCCCGGGCAUGGAAAAGUCGCUAAAGGACAUGAAUGAAGCGCUGGCGAGUGUGUUGGCGCUGGUGGUGGCACCUGUGGAGUACCCUCCGCCGAGCCGACCGAACCCGUUGCAUCAGGAUGCGACAGACUUGAACGAUCUGCACGAGCUGAUGGAAGCAUUCUUCUUCCAGGCCAAGAAGCUCGAGACUCAACUUUUGUCACAAGAUGUGGACCACGUCGGAGAAAGCCGCGCCCAAGUCGAAGCGGAGAUCCAGGCUUUGGAACAUGAGCUCAGCGACAAGAACGAACUCAUCGAAAAGUACUCGGAAGUCAUUCGCGGAUGGGAAGGCAAGUUUAAGCGUCUCGACUCGAAGAUGAGCGUCUCAUAAUUAUCCCGCGCAAUGAAAUCUACUAAAAUUCCUACAAGGAAUCGUUGCUCGAGCCUCCAAUCUGUCCGCCACGCACGAACUGUCCUCGAUCCCCAACGGCGGCUUUGCACGAGCAAUGCAAUCCUUCCCCACUAGCUCUCCAACUUAAUUCCCGUCUGCAUACCACCAGCAUCCUCGUGCGCGCACCUCUAGUCCAUGUUUCUACUGGUGUACUUCUCUCUCACUUCCUCAAUCAUCUCCAUCCCUCGCGACUGAAGCGCAGCCCCAUAACACUCAGCAUCUUUAUGCAUCGUCCAUUCAGUGGGUUAC